UUCCUGUUUUCUGACAGUGUCCAUUGCCCCCAUCCUGUUCACUUCUGUACCCUGGCCUCCUGGCCUGGGAACUCUGGCAGGUGGCAGUUUCUGGUUGGUGUUUUUGUUUUUGUUUGCUUUUAAGUUUAUUUUUUUAAAGAUUUUAUUUAUUUAUUCAUGAGAGAGAGGCAGAGACACAGGCAGAGGGAGAAGCAGCCUCCAUGCAAGGAGCCUGAUGGGGGACUUGAUCCUAGGACCCCGGGAUCACGAUCGGAAGCAAAGGCACACAGACCCUCAACCACUGAGCCACCCAGGUGUCCCUGCUUUUAAGUUUAAAGGGCUGGAGUGGCACUCCCCUCUUUUUGUUGAACCACAAACUGCAACAGUGACUUCUAUCUUUAGUGUGUUUCUCAUGGCACAAAACCACACUCAAGACUAGCACCAAGCCGGUCAGGAAUUAAGCAGCAGAGCCUGAUAUGGAACCUGGGCCCUGGCUCCCAGGCCCAGCCCUAAAACAUUGUGCCUCCCUGCUGGAAAGCCACCAGCUGGCUCCUGUCUGGUUGGCUCAUUUGCGCACCAUGGCUGUAUGUGGUGUGAGACACACACACUGCCUGAGCGGGGACCUCUGUUCCUCUCAGAGGAGGGAUUAAUCACACUGCAGAUACAUCACGGAGGCCGCUGGGGUCUGAGGCUGGCUCUUCAUCAGUGGUGAUGUUUUUACUGGUGGCCACAGCUCUUCACAGGGUUUCUGUCAACUUGCCAUAAACCAUGUCAGAUGGAACAGCAGGCUGUGCACCACAGGAGCUGCCCUGCUUGGGCUGGAAGCACAUCUGUCCACCUCUCCACGGAGCUGAGGCUUGAACCCAGAGCAUCUGCAUAGAGUAAAGAAGGGACCAGAACAUGCUCUGAAGACGUCUUCAACAAGACCCCGGAAGCUGUGAGCUCAGCCCAAACUCUGAAGCCGGCCCACCAUGGACUCCACUGACAAGAAUGGUGAGAGCGUCUCCUCCGUGUCCAGCAGCCGCCUGCAGAGCCGGAAGCCGCCCAACCUGUCCAUCACCAUCCCACCACCCGAGGCCUCGGCCCCUGGCGAGCAGGCCAGCAUGCUGCCCCAGAGGCCCAGGAACCCGGCCUACAUGAAGAGCGUCAGCCUCCAGGAGCAGCGGGGACGAUGGCAGGAGGGCAGCUCGGAGAAGCGCCCUGGCUUCCGCCGCCAGGCCUCCUUGUCCCAGAGUAUUCGCAAGGGCACCGCCCAGUGGUUCGGGGUCAGCGGCGACUGGGAGGCCAAGCGGCAGCACUGGCAGCGCAGAAGCUUGCAUCACUGCAGCGUGCGCUACGGCCGACUCAAGGCGUCGUGCCAGCGGGACCUGGAGCUCCCCAGCCAGGAGGUGCCUUCCUUCCAGGGCACCGAGUCUCCCAAACCCUGCAAGAUGCCCAAGAUCGUCGACCCACUGGCCCGUGGCCGGGCAUUCCGCCACCCGGAUGAGGUGGACAGGCCCCAUGCCCCACACCCGCCGCUGACCCCGGGGGUCCUGUCCCUCACCUCCUUCACCAGUGUCCGCUCUGGCCAUUCCCACCUGCCCCGCCGCAAGAGGAUGUCCGUGGCCCACAUGAGCUUUCAGGCUGCCGCUGCCCUCCUCAAGGGACGCUCUGUGCUGGAUGCCACGGGACAGCGGUGCCGGGUGGUCAAACGCAGCUUUGCCUACCCCAGCUUCCUGGAGGAGGACGUGGUCGAUGGGGCAGACACAUUUGACUCCUCGUUUUUUAGUAAGGAAGAAAUGAGCUCCAUGCCCGAUGACGUGUUUGAGUCUCCCCCACUCUCUGCCAGCUACUUCCGGGGGAUCCCACGCUCGGCCUCCCCGGUCUCCCCCGAUGGGGUGCAGAUCCCUCUGAAGGAGUACGGCCGAGCCCCGGUCGCUGGGACCAGGCGUGGCAAGCGCAUCGCCUCCAAGGUGAAGCAUUUCGCCUUCGACCGGAAGAAGCGGCACUACGGCCUGGGCGUGGUGGGCAACUGGCUGAACCGGAGCUACCGCCGCAGCAUCAGCAGCACCGUGCAGCGCCAGCUGGAGAGCUUUGACAGCCACCGGCCCUACUUCACCUACUGGCUGACCUUCGUCCACAUCAUCAUCACGCUGCUGGUGAUUUGCACGUAUGGCAUCGCACCUGUGGGCUUUGCCCAGCACGUCACCACCCAGCUGGUGCUCAGAAACAAAGGUGUGUAUGAGAGCGUCAAGUACAUCCAGCAGGAGAACUUCUGGAUUGGCCCCAGCUCGAUUGAUUUAAUCCACCUGGGAGCCAAGUUCUCCCCCUGCAUCCGGAAGGACCAGCAGAUUGAGCAGCUGGUGCUUCGAGAGCGAGACCUAGAGCGAGACUCGGGCUGCUGUGUCCAGAACGACCACUCGGGCUGCAUCCAGACCCAGCGGAAGGACUGCUCGGAGACUUUGGCCACUUUUGUCAAGUGGCAGGAUGAUACGGGGCCCCCCAUGGACAAGUCUGAUCUGGGCCAGAAGCGGACAUCAGGAGCCGUGUGUCACCAAGACCCCAGAACCUGUGAGGAGCCAGCCUCGAGCGGUGCCCACAUCUGGCCUGAUGACAUCACCAAGUGGCCAAUCUGCACGGAGCAAGCCAAGAGCAAUCGCACCGGCUUCCUGCACAUGGAUUGCCAGAUCAAGGGCCGGCCGUGCUGCAUCAGCACCAAGGGCAGCUGUGAGAUCACCACCCGGGAAUACUGUGAAUUCAUGCACGGCUAUUUCCAUGAAGAGGCAACACUGUGCUCCCAGGUGCACUGCUUGGACAAGGUGUGUGGGCUGCUGCCCUUCCUCAACCCCGAGGUCCCGGAUCAGUUCUACAGGCUCUGGCUGUCUCUGUUCCUCCACGCUGGCGUGGUGCACUGCCUCGUGUCCGUGGUCUUCCAAAUGACCAUCCUGCGGGACCUGGAGAAGCUGGCCGGCUGGCACCGCAUCGCCAUCAUCUUCAUCCUCAGUGGCAUCACCGGCAACCUCGCCAGUGCCAUCUUCCUCCCGUAUCGGGCGGAGGUGGGCCCUGCAGGCUCGCAGUUCGGCCUCCUCGCCUGCCUGUUCGUGGAGCUCUUCCAGAGCUGGCAGCUGCUGGAGCGGCCCUGGAAGGCCUUCUUGAACCUGUCGGCCAUCGUGCUCUUCCUCUUCAUCUGUGGCCUCCUGCCCUGGAUCGACAACAUCGCCCACAUCUUCGGCUUCCUCAGCGGCCUGCUGCUGGCCUUCGCCUUCCUGCCCUACAUCACCUUCGGCACCAGCGACAAGUACCGCAAGCGGGCCCUCAUCCUGGUGUCGCUGCUGGUCUUCGCCGGCCUCUUCGCCUCUCUCGUCAUCUGGCUCUAUGUCUACCCCAUCAACUGGCCCUGGAUCGAGUACCUCACCUGCUUCCCCUUCACCAGCCGCUUCUGCGAGAAGUACGAGCUGGAUCAGGUGCUGCACUGACGCCUGCCCAGCGGGGUUGGGCCCUGCUGCCUGUCUGCAGCACUCCGCCCCCCAGAGACCCGCUGCCAGGGCCCAGGCCCUCCCUCCAGCAGGUGAGGCCCGCGGUGACAGUCACAAAGGAGGGCCCCCUGCCUUCCCACCACUCCCCUGCCGGCAGGACCCCUGCCUCUGGGUGGCCUUUCAUCCUCGGCUUUGCCGAUCUGCCCCCACCCCCUCCGGGCCUCUACUCUUGCCCCCACCCCCCCGCCCACCACACGUGCCAUUACUGUGAGCCUGCCCUCCCUGGGACGUGCCCAGGGUUCCCACCAGGCUCCCGUCCCUGCCUCACCACGGCCAGCCCUCCUUCCCCUUCCUCCUCCCCUCCCUGCCCUGUGAGCCAGGACCCCUUAUUCAGCAGUGGCCCGGGGAGCCUGUCCUAAUGCUCCUGGCCAGACGCGUGGGAAAGGCUCUGCCGUGGUCUGGAGCAGAGAAAGAGGAAGGACACACAGCUGGGGAGCUGAGAGCCUUGGCUUGUUUGUCCCAAAUAGGCUGUCCCCUCCGUCUGGCCUGGUCCUCCCUCCCACAGACAGUCAGUGUUCUGUCUUCUGGGGCUGGCUCUGAGGAGGCCGCCCUACCCCACGCGAUGGGGGGCCUGCCUGGUGGGGAGGGGGACGGGCCACCUCGAGGACCCUCUCCCAGGGGUUGCCCAAGGCCCAGUCAGGCCCGUUUUUUACUGGUUUAUAUUAUGGUUCUAAUUUUUUAAAGUAACGCUAACUUUAUAUGGAUGGUGUCUCAAGUGUAUUAAAUGAUAUUCUCUAGAA